AUGUACAACAACUCUUCAAUGAUGGUGCCCAAGCCACGAGACAAUAUGUCCAGGGCCAUGUAUCACAGGCCGUACCACCAACGGAACAAUCACGUUGUUUGGUUGCCUGUCGUUUCUCCGCACAAUGAGAUUUCUUCAGGAAUGCAUUAUGUUGAUUCCCCGCUCAGCUGUGUGCAUCACGUGGCCCCGCAGAGCCCCAGCGUUGAACUGGCCUACAUCACCUCACCACCUUUGUCACUGGAGAACUUCGCAUACACUCCAGCUCCACCACAUCUCAUGUCUACUCCACCCAAUCAGGUUCACUAUUAUACGAACAAUGGCCUUUCUCAACCAGUUGGCUUAGUCUCACGCACAUAUGCCCCAUAUGUUUUCUUGGAAACCCCUUGCAACUACAUUCAACCAGUUUCACAAAGCGGGAGCUGCAGCUCUCUUUCAGCACAUUCCAGUGAUGUCAAUGACCAGUUUGGGGGUGUCGGCGGGAUAUCUCUCCAAAAUGGACACGUGAAUUACAACCCUGACAACAGAUACACAAAUGUCGAUUCCACCAUUAAUGAGAAGUUCAGCAUGACUCCACCAUAUCCUCAUGAUCAGCCGAGCACUUGGACAACAGCCCAUAACAACAUGAUAUCAUCUGACCCCUACAGUAACGGGUUGAACCCAGAGUCUCCCAACCUUACCAAUUACAGAGUACUGAACCAC